UAACGGAGUGAGGUCGGCUUGUGGACAUUAAAACAUUGUAGAAUCACGUAGGACGUUUUUAUUUGUUUAAAAACGGUAAGGUGACGUAAUAGCGAACAUCAAUAGAACAAAAUAAUAGUGACAAACGAGGCAUCUAAUGUCUUUAAUUCAUCAAAGCACAGCCGUCACAGUUUAGUAGACUUGCAGAAUUUAUAAGCAUUAGAGUUUCCGGCAAUACAAAAGUAUUAAUGUGUGAAGUGGGUGCAUGCGUGUGCGCAGCUGGCGCCGGCAACAUCGACGGCUGCAGAAAGUCCACAUCACCGCUAUACAGCAUCAGAUAUAGCAUGCUGACGAGGUGGUUGGCGCUGGCGCUGGUGGUGGCGUGCUGUCGGCUCGCCGACGCCUGCACGUGCCCGCCCGCACACCCACAGACACACUUUUGUAACAGCGAUUUCGUGAUCGUUGGUCGAGUACAAAAGAUAUUUCUUGGCAAAGAUUUCUACGACGCAUACAAACUGAAGAUUCGAAACACUUACAAAGCGACGCCGAAAGCGAGGGUGGCUCUACAAUCCGGCCGCCUAUUAACACCGUCUCAGGAUUCUUUGUGUGGGGUAACUCUGCAGCCGAGGGAGACCUAUGUUAUUACAGGUCGAGUAGUACACUUGGAAGCUCACGUGCAUUUGUGUGGUUUUGUCAGCAAAUGGCGUGAUGUCACUCCUCGCCAAAGAAAAGGAUUCCGUCUUCUCUACAAACAGGGUUGUACUUGCAAAGUCCACAUGAAUCGACGGCGGUCCAAGUCUCCGAACGCCUGCACGACAGGCUACAACGAGUGCUACGAGCGACACGGCAUCUGUCUACACGACCGCGAGCGCCUGUGCCGCUGGACCAGGGCUCCCGCUCUCACGAGGUGCCUCCAAGCGACGCGCCACAAUGGCACUAUGACUUGAUUCACCACUACGAUGCACAAGUUCACUCUAAAAUGUACCUUUUGAACAUCUCAUUACGUCGUCCUCGUGAAAAAUUACAAAAUCAUUCACACCCAUUACUAAUCGUACGCAACAGAGCAGCUGUUAAUACUAAACCAAACAUUAUUUUUAAUAACAUUAGAUUCAUUUUCGACGUUAAGUUAUUUAGUUGAAUGUUGUGUGUAUGAACUGUGGAGUUAAAUUAGCUUUAUUGGCAAUGUGACGAAUUUAUUGGUUGCAAGUCUUCGAAAAUUGUUAAUUUGUGAUUUUUCUUUUGGACGCUUCUAAAUUGUUGUUUGUCUUCCUAGACGAAUAUAGUUGUAACGUUAUUUUUGUAUUAUUUAUUUUUAAGUUAAUGAUUGUAAAUUAACUAAUUAUAGUGAUAAAUAGGUUAAAAUAAAGAAAUUGAAACAGUU